UGCAGGUAGCGCUGGAUCCUGACAAAAGUGACUCGACGUCGUUAUCGUGGCGAAACUGGAAGAAUUGGCCGCCGACUGUAUUUCCCGAGUGCACAAUUGCAAUAUUGAGUGGGUGACUUCAGGGCUGAGGACCGAGCUGUGAUUUACGACGACGUGGUCGAGUGACAUCAUGAAUCUGAGGUCUCUGGCAGGUGUGCUGAAGAAAUAACGAGUGAAAGCACCGCGCACAUUUUGAACGGCGAUUCAGCCAGGCCCUGCUGAUGGACCAGGACACUCAGUGGCUGUAUCAACUCCUGGCUGAAGUCCAGUUGGAGAAGUUCUACCUGCGUGUCCGAGAUGGCCUCAACAUUACUCGUCUGGACCAUUUUGCCUAUGUCAAGGAGUCUGACCUGGAGCAAAUCGGCAUCAGCAAACCAGCACAAAGAAGAUUGUGGGAUGCUCUCAAGCGUUACAAGACACGAUCUCGGACAGGAUUCUCAAAGGUUCCCGGUGGUCGUUCUCAGGAGGGGUCAGAUCACUGGAGUGGAAGCACUCAAGACACCGCUAGUCGGGCUCUUCCUAGUUUGAUCCAGGACCAUGAACUGAUUCUGGGAGAGAAACUGGGCUCAGGGUCAUUUGGAGUGGUGAAGAGGGGCGAGUGGCAUACGCCUACUGGCAAAGUGCUUCCUGUUGCUGUCAAAUCUCUGAGGAGCAGCAUGUCCAGGCAGACGGACACACUCACUGACUUUCUUCAAGAAGUGACCACCAUGCAGUCCCUGGAUCAUCCAAACAUCAUCCGGCUUUAUGGGGUGGUCCUCACUCAGCCCCUGAAGAUGGUGACAGAGCUGGCGCCUCUGGGCUCACUUUACGACACACUGCGCUCUCGCCAGUUCGAGUACCCCCUGUUACGACUCUGGCUCUUCGCCACUCAGAUCGUAGCUGGUAUGGACUACCUGGAAACACGCAGGUUCAUCCACAGAGACCUGGCUGCGAGGAACGUGUUGCUGGCCUCGAGGGAGAUGGUGAAGAUUGGGGACUUUGGUCUGAUGAGAGGCCUGAGCCAGGAGACGGACCACUAUGUCAUGUCGGCUCAUAAAAGGAUCCCGUUUGCUUGGUGUGCUCCAGAGAGCCUGCGUGUGGGCUCCUUCUCGCACUCAUCAGACGUGUGGAUGUUUGGCGUCACACUGUGGGAGAUGUUCACCUACUGUGAGGAGCCGUGGUUCGGCCUGUCAGGCAGACAGAUCCUGUGGCGAGUGGAACGAGAGGGUGAACGUCUGGAGAAGCCGCUAGAUUGUCCUCAGGAGAUAUACGCCAUCAUAAGGAGGUGUUGGGCCUGCAGCCCUGCAGAGCGGCCCAGCUUUGCUCAGCUCACCGUCAUGCUGGGAGAUGCUAAACCCAUGGAGGUCCAGGCAACGAGGGAGUUCACUGAACCAAGGAAACUGCAACUGUUGCCCAACGAUCUUGUGACGGUUGUAGAUCACGGUCUGGACCUGAGUGAGUGGCGGGGUCAGAACCAGAGGACACUUGCUGUGAGCUGGUUUCCUGCAAGUCUCAUCGCUCCACUGGCCCAUGCUCCACCUGCAGCCCAGGUCAACCCGUCUCACACCUCCGCCUCCGUCAUCGUUUCUAGCAGCCCCCACAUCUCCGCCCCGAUAAAAGGCAGCCUGCAGCACACAGGACAUGGAGACGUGCACCCGGACCGCAGCUGGGGAUCACCAGAGAACCUGGACGACAGUGGCAAUUGGAGGUCCGUUCCAGUCCGAGAGAAGGAUGGAUCCAACCUGCAGAAGAUGGCUGGAAUAUCCCGGAGCCUGGAGUCGGUCUUGAGUGGACAUCGUCCUCGUGCACAGACAGUUUCUGUGCUGCGGGUGGACCAGCACGGCCGACUGAUGCCGCCGGCUCACAGUGUGGUGAUGCAGCAGGACCCCCGGCGCUUCAGCGAGGCCAGUGUCGGACCCCCGCCCCGGCCUCCGCCACCCAAUAUGAAACGUGUGAACCAAAAACCUCAGAGGAGACCCUCCGUCCACCCGAUCCCUGGUACAUCCUGGCCCCCUCAGCAGACAAUGACCCCUCCUACACAACCUCCUCCGUUACCUCAGCACCCCCCGGCAGCUGGGAACCUAGCCAAGAUGUCCAACCUGGCUCGCUCCACACCUCAGCUGGAUGACAAUACUGAUGGCAGAGAGAGGGUCAGAGAGCGAGAGAAGCCCCCUCACAUACACCAGAUCAAGGAUGGACUCAUCUCACAGGUGAUGGAGGCAGUGCAUGGUGUCACCACCGAGGAGGUUCACGCUGCACUGCAGCGUGUGGACUGGAACCCACUGAGGGCAGAACAGCAACUCAAGUUGGAGCAGCUGUACUCGCUCAGCCUCUGCUCCAAAGAAGACUGUUUCAAGGUCCUCACAAGGUACCAGUGGAACCUACAGCUCGCCAGUCGCUACCUGCUCCGCUGGUCCCGGGAGGAGCGUCCAAGCGCCGGGGAGAGGGAGCGAGCUCAGAUUAGCGCAGAACGACGCGUGUGACUGGCUGCUUUCACAGAUGUUCAACUGUGUUUUACUGAGAUGUGGUGUCUUUUUGCCAGCAGCUUUUGUACCUCGGUGACUGUACAUAUUGUAUUUGUAAGGAUUAUGUUGAUUAAACAAUUUGACA